AUGGAUACACACUUUUUUUCUGGACUUACAAAAUUUAAAUUGGAUGCUGGGAAAUUUCGUCGGGAUGAUGAUUUCUCUGAUAGAUUUAGUCAUACAUUUACUUCAUUAUUACUGAUUAUUUUCACAUUAAUCAUAUCGGCUCGACAGUAUAUUGGCAAACCAAUAGCCUGUUGGGUACCGACAGAGUUUACUCGUGCUCAAGAAGAAUACGCUGAGUCAGUAUGUUGGGUAACCAGCACAUACUUCAUACCAACUCAGGAUAUAAACGUACCAGAAAAUAUAUCAGAUCGUGAAAAUAGAAAAAUACACUAUUAUCAAUGGGUUCCAUUCAUUUUAAUGUUACAAGCAUUCCUAUUUAACCUUCCAUGUUUGAUAUGGAGAUUAUUUAAUUGGCAAUCUGGAAUUCAUUUAUCCAGCAUCAUGGAAGUCGCCUGUGAAAUUGAAAUGAUCAAAGAUCCUGAAACCCGCAGAUCUAAUAUAACCUUCGUUGCUAGGCAUAUAGAAGAUGCAUUAACUUCACAACGUGAAUAUCGGUCAGGAUGUGGCGUUCGCUUAAAACAUUGCCUAGCUAGGAAUUGUUGCCUGUGGUUUGGGAAGCGGUAUGGAAAUUAUCUGAUUUGUUUAUAUCUUAUUACGAAAUCCUUUUACAUAUUCAAUGUUGUCGGACAGUUCAUUUUGAUGAACAAAAUUUUAGGCACAAAUUAUACCUUUUAUGGUUUGGAUUUACUGCGUGAUAUAAGUGAAGGUUAUGUUUGGCAAGAAUCUGGCAAUUUUCCACGCAUAACCCUCUGCGAUUUUGAGGUACGUAAAGUUGCCAAUAAGCAUAGACAUACAGUUCAAUGUGUGCUGCCCAUCAACAUGUUCAACGAAAAAAUCUUCAUAUUCCUGUGGUUUUGGUUUAUAUUAGUGGCUGCUAUCAAUACUAGUAGUUUCCUUUAUUGGUCGUACAAAUCUAGUUUUCGAGGAACAAGAAUACAAUUCAUCAGAAAAUUUUUGAAGUUACGUGGUGUACUGGAACCUGGUGAUAAGAAAAAAACAUUAUCAUUUGUUGAUUCAUACUUAAGACAAGAUGGUGUGUUCAUUUUACGGCUAACAGCUCAAAAUGCAGGUGAAUUGGUUGCUUCCGAAAUUGUUGAAAGGCUGUGGAACAUGUAUAGAGCACAUCAGAAUGUUACUACAACUUCUACUUCUCAAGCAGUUUCUCACUCAUUUAUACAACAGACACAACCACCACAACAUCAAAAAGCACACCGUUCCUCACAUCACCAUCAUCACCUACGUUCCAGAGCAGUUUCUAGUAACUUCCAUCGUGCUAGUCGAUCCCUCACACCAGUAAGCCCCUCAGAAUCCUCAGAAACUAGACGAAAACAGCCUCCAGACUAUCCCUCAUAUCACUUAAGACCUCCACCUGCGAGUCCAGAUGGUAUUAAACUUCCACCACCCCUCCCACCACUUUUACGACCAUCUGCUCCGCCACCUCUUCCUCCCCCUCCAGGGACUACAAUUAGCGGUAGUUCAGAUGGGAAAAGUAGCUCCAUAACAAGUCGUAGUCAAGGAUCUUUAGUUUCAGAACACACUGACCAGUUUGUCAGAAUGAGGCCAACGGUAUCUGGUAGCAUAGGAUUUGACAAGCUGAAACCCACUGCAAGCCAUCCUUCAGAUUCCAAGAUGAGUCCAGAUAUACACAAGAAGUCGUUCAUUAUGGAUGGCAGCUCUAUUUUGAGUCAUGCAAAUUCAAGAACAAGCAACACUACUCAACAACAACAAGAAAAUACUGAAAUAUCAAAUAUCAGAAAUCGUACUGAGGAAGAUCCAGGAGAGUUUGUUUAG